AUGUCUGGAGGUGCCGUCACGUCCACCUUGCGCCAUGUCACCGACCGCAAGUUGGCCAAGCUGGCCGAGAACCGGCGUGCCUUCGAGGCCCAGAAGACAGCCAUGUUGAGCGCCUCCAGCAAGGCCGACAACGCUGCCGAAAAGGUUCGGAUCCUGAUCGCCGCCUUCAAGGACAACAAAAUCGCCUUCAACGAAGGCCAGUCGUCUGUGAAGAAUAUCGAGCGCUUCCUUGACCAGGUCCGUCACGACCCUUCCGUGUCGCUCACUCUGCUGGCCGAAUGGAAGGGCUGGCUGGAACAGAGCCUCGACGUCCACACUGACAAGUACAACUAUGCCGAUCUCUUUGGCAGACUGGUCACCGAGUGGAUCGAAAACCCGAGCGACGCCAUGUCCCAGCUCAACUCUCAUUCCUCUGCAACCAAGGAGGACUUGCCUGAAGCCGCCUCCGCUUCUUCGGGCGAUGCCUCCGACUCGUUCGACGUCGUUGGCCGUGAGGAGAUGCAUGAGCAGCGCCAGACGCUCGAGCAAUUCAUAUUCAAUGAGCCCAAAGUCGACACUGCCGCUCUCAAGAAGUACCUCGACGACCUUUUCGUCGCCACAAAGAAGUCGAAACGCAUGGACAAGACUCCACUGGAACGCUUGCGCGACGACAUCGGCAAGUGGAAAGGCGAUAUCAGUGUUGGCGAGGAUACCAUCCGUUGGGCCAUCAAAGGCAUCUUGAAGGGCGAUCUCUUCACUGGUCAAAAGCGCGAGGUUCUUGUUGACUUGAAGUCACGCCCAGAGGUUAUCAAAGAAAUGGUUGACGUACUCCGCAUGGACCUCGACUCGCUGAAGAACUGGGAAUGGCCCGGCCCUGUUCCGGUUCUCCUCCGCCGCCAGCUGAAUGGCAAGUAUCGCGCCUACAUGGACGAAGAAAUUCACACCGCCAUCCUGAUACAAGUCAUCGGCGCCCACAUCGCUGUCAUGCUCAAGGAUGCCUUCAGAAACCACUACUACUCGGGUGCCUGGGUUCAAGCUCCCUACCGCGCCAUGAAGAGGGCCGACAGGCAGCGCCGCCACUACUUCCUGGGCAAGGACAACAUUCAAAGCUCCGACUCGGUGCGUGACAUCCGCUUCUCCGAGUUCCGGGACGACUUCUUCAUGACACAGCUUCCAUCAAAAGUGAAUGAAGGCGGUCGCGAGUACAUGGCGGAGGAUGAUGAUGUAGAUUCCGAGUAUGGAGAUACCAAGUCUCCAGUGGAGAUCAAACAACAAUUGCUACGCCUGGCUUCCACGGAAAUGCUCAUCAACACCAAGUUGUAUGACGAAUUCACAAUCCUGGCUAGCGACUUCAAGUGGUUCGGCCCGUCACUUCCUCAUGCCACAAUCUUCACCGUGCUCGAGUACUUUGGUCUCAAGAACAACUGGCUUGAUUUCAUCAAGAAGUUCCUUGCGGCUCCGCUCGUAUUUACCCAAGAUGGCCCCAACGCCGAGGCCAAAAUCCGGAAGAACGGCAUUCCGAUGGGUCAUGUGUUGGCAGAUGCUCUCGGAGAGGCUGUUCUGUUCUGUCUUGACUUCGCUGUUCACCGCACGACCGGUGGUGCUGUCCUGUACCGCUUCCAUGACGACAUUUGGUUUUGGGGCCAGGAAAGCACUUGCGUCAAGGCGUGGCAGGCUUUGCAGGAGUUUUCUUCGGUGACGGGUCUGGAGCUGAACGCAGAGAAGACGGCGGCGGUCAAGAUUGUGAGCCCUGACAAGCAAUCUUUGGCCCCGCUUCAUCAAUCGCUGCCAACGGGAACAGUUCGAUGGGGCUUCUUGAAACUGGACCCCAAUGAACGCCGCUGGAUCAUCGACCAGGAGCAGGUGGCCGUACACGUGCAGGAGCUCAGCCGUCAGCUCAAGUCAUGCAACAGCGUCUUCGGGUGGAUCCAAGCCUGGAACGGCUACGUUGGGCGUUUCUUCUCCACGAAUUUCGGUCAGCCAGCGCACUGUCUGGGCCGGGAGCACGUGAACAUGUGCAUUAAGGCAUUUGAACAUAUACAGCGCUCUCUCUUCGCUGAGUCGGGCGCUGGCAAUGUUGUUGAGUACCUCCGCACCACCAUCACGAAGCGAUUUGGGAAUUCCGAGGCCAUCACCGGUGGCCGUCCGAUUCCGGACGCAUUCUUCCAUUUCCCGGUCGAGCUGGGUGGUCUCGGCUUGCUGGACCCAUUCGUCCAGCUGUAUGCGAUGCGUUCUCAAAGGAUGCGCAAGAACACGAUCGACGAACUCAAUCUCGCCCUCGAGCGGGAGCGGGGCGGCUAUGAGGACGCCAAGGAACUCUUUGAAGCUGGCGACGUUCCGGUCGACCCGAGCACGCCCAAGAACCUCGAAGGCGAGCCAUUCAUGAGCCUGGACGAGUACAUGCGCUUCGUCGAACAGACGGCGUCUGAGCUCAGUGUGGCCUACCGGCGCUACCUGGAACCCAUCGAAGAGAUACACGUUGACGAGUCGGCCAAGGUGUCCAACGCCAUGGAGCAUUUGCCGGCCGAUCGGUACAGCACCCAAGGCAUGGGCCACAGAUGGAGCUCGUUGAGCCCCUACUGGAAGUGGAUCAUCGCCCUCUACGCCGGUGAGACGGACAAGCGAUUUGGAGGCCUGGCCAUUUGCGACAAGGGCCUCUUGCCGCUUGGACUGAUCAGCAUCCUGCGGAGCGAGAGGGUGAGAUGGCAGGGCUGA